AUGCACAAACUCCUCCUGGUGCUGGCCCUCGGGGUGUUGUGGUCCGAGAUGAGGCCGGGGAGCGACGCCCGGACACCUCCCUACGGCGUGAAGCUGUGCGGCCGGGAGUUCAUCCGUGCCGUCAUUUUCACCUGCGGAGGAUCCCGGUGGCGGCGGGCAGGAGAACUCGGCGGCCUCCGCGGGAGCGACUCUACGGAAGCCUUCGUCGCGACCUCUUCCUCCAACGAGUGGGACUCCAUCCGCGCCCCCCCCAAGGACCCGUCCGAUUAUUUCGGGAGCUGGAGGAGCCACGGUCCCGUGGAAGAAACCUGGGCCUUGGAUCGUGGCGCCCGCGACGUCAUGACCGGGCUCAGCAACGCCUGCUGCAAAUGGGGUUGCAGCAAGAGCGAGAUCAGCUCCCUGUGCUAG